AUGUCUCCUACAGACUGUGGUGAGGGCAUACGUCUCUUACAGACUGUGGUGAGGGCAUAUGUCUUCUACAGACUGUGGUGUAUAUUAGAGAACUGGUUUUAUGUUUUUAUUUGUCUGCAGGUAAAGAUAGGAAUCAUUGGAGGGUCUGGAUUGUCUAAACCAGAAAUUCUCAAAAAUGGCAAGGAGGUUACCAUGGAUACACCCUACGGAAAGCCUUCAGAUGUUUUGAUCACAGGUGAAAUAGAAGGAGUUCCAAGUGUUCUUUUAUCAAGACAUGGGAGAGGACACACUAUCAACCCUACCAAUGUAAACUAUCGAGCCAAUAUUUGGGCCCUACAUAAAAUCGGCUGUACCCACCUCCUGGUAACCACAGCCUGUGGUUCUUUACAGCAUGGCAUGCACCCUGCAGACAUUGUGGUCAUAGAUCAGUUCAUUGACAGAACACAGAAACGCAAGCAAACAUUUUUUGAUGGAGAGCCCACCUCUCCCCCAGGGAUAUGUCACCUCCCAAUGGCAGAGCCGUUCUGUCCCAGGACAAGAAAGAUUUUAUACAAAUGUGCUAAAGAUCUUGGUAUAAGUUGUCAUGAGAAGGGAACCAUUUUAACAAUAGAGGGUCCUCGCUUCUCCUCUAGAGCAGAGAGUAAGCUUUGGAAUUCCUGGGGGGCACACUGUGUAAACAUGACAACUGUACCAGAGGUGAUCCUUGCAAAGGAAUUAGGAUUGUGUUACGCAGCUUUGGCAUUGGUUACAGAUUACGACAGCUGGAAGGAUGACGAAGAAGCUGUGAAUGUUGAGAAUGUGCUGAAGACAUUCCAGAUAAAUGCUGCUAAUGCAACUAAAACAAUCCUGAAAGCCAUUCCAGUCAUCGCUGGGGAGGAUUGGACAGCGACACUGGAGGAAAACAAGAAAGCUGUCCAGAUGAACACACUACUCCCGCACAGUUACUAAAAUUGUCAAUCAUUGGCUUUUUAUUGAAAAAAAAAAACAGAACUGAAAGAAAUGUGUUUUAGUGUUGAUUCAAUCAGCAAAUUUCACACCUUGUAUUCAUCAGUAUAAUUUGUGAAAGAAUGUUAUGUCUAAAUCAUAAGACAGCAUUAAAAACUGAUAAAUCUCAUAAAA